AAGAGAGCUAGGGAUGGCAGAAAUUCCAGGUUAGAGGAGAGAUGAGGAUUAAAGUAUUUUUACCUCAAAGCCACACAUCUACAGCGCUCGUCUGACACAGAGAGGAGGAAGAAGACAGGAGCGAGGCAGAGAGGAUGGACAGAGGGCAGGGAGGGAGGGCAGAUUGAAGAGGAUAGAGAAAGAGAGCCCUGCUGUCACCAGGCUUGCUUAGUGUUCUUGGUGUGUAGCGGCUGUUGACGCCUUCUGCCUCUCCGUCCACUGAGGUGCUGGUUUCAGGGCCCUCUGGGCCGCCCAGCAUGAAGCAGGCAUCAUGGGCUUUCUGGAAAACUACCAGGAGAUUGACCCCGUCACUUUGAACCUUUGCAUCCUUAUCGCCAGCUACGUUAUCUUGCUCCUCGUCUUCCUGAUAUCCUGUAUAAUGUAUGACUGUCGGGGCAAAGAUCCUACCAAGGAGUACGCUCCGGACCCACAACCCACUCCGUCUCCCAUCAGGCUGGUGGUGAUGCAGAGCUCCACAGCACCUGUGGGACGGUGGGACACAGCCAACAUGAUCACCACCUACCACGAGCCAUCAAACUCAGACUUCAGGGAGAAGAAGAGCACGAUGGUCUGAGUGCAAC